AUGCUGAUCUACGUCGGUAAGCUCAACUACUCGCCGUACGCCUCCGAUGAGGUGCUUUCUAUCGUCUUCCGAGAUAAUGUGCAGAAUGGAGACAGGGUGGCCGUUAUUUCUCAAUGGUCCAAAGAUGCUAGCGGAAAAGAGAAGGCGAAUUUUACCGUUCAUGGGACUGUCAGCAAAGUGACACUCAAUAAUUCGGGACAAAAAGAUAUUGAAAUACUUUCGGAUGAGAAAUCUGCUACAUACUACUGGUAUAAGGGAAAGAUGACAGGUGACAAAAUGACUCUGAGUAUGUUGAACAAAAGCGGAGAAGAGGUUGCGAAGAAUAUUGAAUUGCAACUUUUCUUUUUUUGA